CGUAUGUUCAUUUGCUGCAAUGGGCGACUCGCAAGCUAGUCAUUUGAACAACCGGCUUAUUGUCAACCAGAUCGAUCAUAUCGACAAGCUCUCGUCUGAUUUGAAACGUCUUUUAACCGACGAAGGCUCCGGAAUGAGUGACGUGGUGUUCAUGGUCGACGGUCAACGGUUUGAGUGUCAUCGCAUCCUUCUGGCUGCCCGUUGUCCUUACUUCAAGGCGAUGCUGUAUGGUGGGAUGAGGGAGUCACAACCGAAUGUAGAAAUUGAGUUAUCCGAUGCGACUGCGGCAGCAUUUCGUUUGCUAUUGGAGUAUGUCUAUUGUGGAUAUUUAGAAUUGAGCUCUUUGUCAGACGAGGUGAUUCACGAUCUAUUGAGUCUGGCUCAUAAAUACCAAUUUCCCGAUUUACAAAAAUCGAUCUCGGAUUGUCUCAUCAAAUCACUCACUGCAGACAACGUUUGCGACGUGUUCGAUGUCGCGUGUCUCUACUAUCUCGAAGACUUACGGACAAACUGUCUCACAUACUUGGAUCAAUACGCCGUCGAAGUAAUGAAAUCAGACAGCUUCUGUGACUUAUCGCAUACAUCGCUGGUAGAGUUGUUGCAACGAAGAUCGUUCUUUGCUCCGGAAAUUGAGAUUUUUCGAGGGGCGAGUCGCUGGGUUCACCACAAUAGAGACAGAGUAGACGCGUCUGUAAUAGAUUGUAUUAUGGAGUGUGUCUGUCUUUCUCAUAUCGAGUUAGCUGAUUUGUUAUCGGAAGUUCGAGCUUCGGGAUUAGUUACGUCGGAGACUCUUUUGGAUUCGGUGGCAAAGCAACAGCUGUGUGAACUCGGAGAAGGACAUUACAGAGGGAGGCUUAAUCCAGAAGUUAACGUCGCAUCGGUAUUGCACUCGGCACGCGUUAUUCAAGGCGACAUGCCCGAAUAUCUACUCAACGGCGAGAUGGCAAAUUACGACAUGGAGAAAGGCUUCACUUGUCAUCCAAUACAAGACGAAUUGUCAGACAGUGUUGGUAUUAUCAUUGAAUUAGGCGAACAGAGCUUCAUCAAUUGUAUGCGAUUCCUGCUGUGGGAUCGAGAUGCUCGCUCGUAUUGUUACUACAUCGAAGUCUCUCUUGAUAACAAAUCAUGGACGAAGGUCGUCGACUACUCAAAGUAUUUGUGUCGAUCGUGGCAGUGUCAUUACAUUGAAGACAUUGUUAUCAGGUAUGUUAGGAUUGUUGGGACUCACAACACGGUGAAUCGAGUUUUUCAUAUUGUCUCGUUCGAAUGCUGCUAUAUGGAUAACAGGCAGCCAUCGGACGAGAACGGAAUCAUAAUCCCAAGACAUAAUGUUGCAUCGGUUAAGUGCUUUGCGUCGGUGAUCGAGGGCGUCAGUAGAGUUCGCAAUGUUUUAAUCAAUGGCGAUACUGAAAAUUAUGAUUGGGAGAGUGGUUAUACAUGUCAUCAACUUGGAAGUGGUUCACUCAUCAUUCAGUUGGCUCAACCUUAUGUAAUCGGAUCUUGCAGGAUCUUGUUGUGGGAUUGUGAUAACAGAAGCUACAGUUUUUACGUUGCUGUGUCGACCGACAAUCACCACUGGACGAAGGUUGUCGAUAAAACUGAUGAAAACUGCAGGUCAUGGCAAUUAAUGGAGUUUGAGCCUCUUCCAGUUACAUUUAUCAAAAUAGUUGGCACUAAGAAUUCAGCAAAUGAGGUAUUCCACUGUGUACAUGUCGAGGCUCCCGCUGAGCUGCCCGCUGUGUGAACUGCAAGACCAUACGCACACGCACACGCACACACAUACACAAGCACGAGGAUGCUAGUACAGUACGUACGUAGGAGGACAUGGCAACU